AAUUCUCCGGCUAAUGUUUUGAGACGAUGAUGAUGGCAUCGUUCGAUGACUGCGACGAGCGAGACAGGUGAGUCGUCAUGUCGAGCGACAUUGAGGAGGAAGAGCAGCAGCAGGGGGAAGAAAAACCGUUUGCCGUGGAACGUGCGAAGUCCAGACGCGCAAAAUGCAAGAGAUGCAAGUGCGUCAUCGAGAAGGGCGAGAUACGGAUCGGCAAGUACGUGACGAGCUUCUUCGCGGAUGGAAAAUUGAUGCCGGCCUGGCACCAUGUCACCUGUUUGUUCGAAGCGUUCGCUAAACAGCGCGCGACAACCAAGAGAAUCGAUGAUCCCGCGGAGGAUGUGAAGGGUUGGGAGCAGUUAUCCGACGACGAUAGAAAGCUCAUCCUGGACAAGCUGGAGGAAUUCGAGAAAUCUUAUCCUACGAAGAUUUCGAAAAAGACUGCGUCGCCGCGGAAAACAGUUCCUUCCUCGAGUAGUACUUCGGGAAAAACGGCGGAAAAGAAAAAGAAAGAGGCCACAACGGAUGACAAGGAGAAAGAUAAAGAGGAAAGGGGAAAGAUCUCGUCGAAGGAUGACUCCUUUCGCGAAUUUCGACGCGUAUGCAGCAACAUCGCCAGUGUCGACGCCUACACCGACAAGACUGCGAUUAUUAAGAGGAUGUUUACAAGAGGAAUGCAGGGAGACGGUUUUAAGGGCGACAUCGUGCUCUGGUGCAAAUUGCUGCUGCCCGGCGCUGUAAAGAGAAUAUACAAUCUGCAAAGCAAGCAGCUGAUAAAACUGUUCGCGCGAAUGUUACUCCAGGACGAGGACGCGAUGCUGGAACAUCUGGAGCAAGGUGACGUGGCCGAGACGAUCAGCGUGUUUUUCGAGAACAGCGAUGCCGUGUCGCCUUGUACUGCGAGUGUGUUGACGAUCCAAGACGUUGAUCUUUUUUUGGAAGGAUUGUCGCGUUUAACCAAGGAGGAGGAACAGAUCCAGCAUUUUCGAUCCAUCCUCGAUAGAUGUACCUCCAACGACCUCAAGAUAAUCGUGCGUCUGAUCAAGCACGAUCUGAGGAUCAACGCCGGUCCGAAGCACAUUCUCGAGGGGGUCCAUGUGGACGCGUACAAGGCCUUUCAGAUGUCCCGAGAUUUGGAAGCGGUGAUACAUCGUUUUCUGCCGGAUUCGGAGGAAAAGCCUUCGAACACCUCGGGCUCGCCAUCAAGUCGGAAUAAAGUAGCCAUCUCGCUGAUGACGCCCGUCUUACCGAUGCUGGCAGAGGCGUGUACAUCCGUGGCAAUGGCGAUGCGAAAGUGCCCGAACGGGAUGUUAUCCGAGGUCAAGUACGACGGCGAGCGCGUGCAGGUGCACAAAAGCGGAAACGACUUUCGAUACUUUAGCAGAUCCCUCAAACCGGUCCUGCCGCACAAGGUAAAUCUGUUCAAGGAUUACAUAGCACAGGCGUUCCCCGACGGUGACGAUUUGAUUCUCGAUUCCGAGGUUCUCAUGGUCGACAAUGAGACCGGGCAACCCUUGCCUUUCGGCACCUUAGGAAUUCACAAAAAAGCCGAAUUUAAAAACGCCAAUGUGUGCCUCUUUGUUUUUGAUUGUCUGUACUACAACGGAGAGAUACUUAUGAACAAACCUAUGUUGGAGCGCAGAAGGAUUCUGAAAGACAGGAUGACCGAGAUACCGAGUAGAAUAAUGCUAUCAGAAGUUCACGAAGUUCAUGAUCCGCGUGCUCUGGCGGAAAGAAUCAUGUACGUGUUGAAAUUGGGUCUCGAGGGUUUGGUCCUAAAGGACAUCGAUAGCAAGUACGAGCCAGGCAAGAGACACUGGUUGAAGGUAAAGAAGGACUAUUUGUGCGGGGGUGCAAUGGCUGAUAGCGCAGACCUCGUCGUGCUUGGCGCAUGGUACGGCACAGGCAAUAAAGGUGGCAUGUUAUCGAUCUUCUUAAUGGGCUGCUAUGACGAGGAACGCGAUAAGUGGUUAACCGUGACCAAAGUCCACACGGGACAUGACGAUACCACCUUGACGGAGCUGCAGGACCAGCUCGACAUGGUGAAGAUCGGCAAGGAUGUUGAGAAGCUGCCGAGCUGGUUACACGCCAACAAACCCAUGGUGCCGGAUUUUGUGGCAAGAGAUCCCAAGAAACAACCGGUAUGGGAAAUCACGGGGGCCGAGUUUACGAAUCAGGGGGUACACACCGCGGACGGUAUCAGCAUCCGAUUUCCGCGUGUCACACGGAUCCGUCACGACAAGGAUUGGUCCACGGCCACCAGCUUGAACGAGUUACGCGGGCUCUUCAAGAAGAAGCCGGAUUCAGUCGACUUUAGUCAUCUGCUCGGAACAUUGGCCGACGUCGAGGAUAUUCCGAGAAAAAGAUCUCCCAAUCCGGCUACGUCGCCGAGAAAAUUUGAGAAAAAGGCAAGGAAGAUAACGAGCUCGCUGGACGAGCCGUCAACAAGCUUCAAAAUUGAGGAUGUAUCAGAAGAAUUCUUCGAAAGACGGAAGAGGAAUAAAUGCGACGAAGAACCCGAUAGUAUCGCGGAUAUCCAGCCGCGGAGCAAGAAAUUGAAAGUGUCGAAGAUCGAGACGGAGGCGACAGUCAAAAGAGACGUGGGAUCGGAUUCGGAAGAGAAUACGGAGCUGAAUCGUGACGUCGAUUGUUAUCUUACCAGCGGAACGAAUGCGGAAGGAUCCUCCAAGUUCUCGAGCGUUCUCGAUGCAAAGGACGAGGAUAACAGAUCCAAUAAUGUCCUGCAAGAUGUACGAGCGAGUUUAGCGCCCGGCUUCGACAAGAGCAGAAGGAAGGAUGUGCAAAGGAUGCUCAAAAAACUCGGCGCCACGAUAGUAACGGAGAAUAGACCAGACUUGACGACGACCCACGUCAUUCACACGCGCGCGGAAAUUCCGUCCACGGCCGUUCUCAUGUGGGUGAAAGAGCAGUUUGGCUAA